AGUUUGCAUCACAGCCAGGCUCCUUUUUGUUUUUACACCGCUCAAUGAACACGAUCUUUAGCUUUUAUCGAUCUGUCAGUGCCCGAUCUUCGAGCUUGAUCAUUUAUCUGUUUCAGACUCUUUUCAAGGGACAAACUAGUAACGCAAGUGGAACGCCACGGGGUGCUGUUGUGAGUAGGAGCUUCCAAUAACCAGAAAGUUGCCAUAUCCCAUUGUGUUCGUAGUGGAAUGCUCUUUAGCAGCAUGUUGCAAAGCACUAAAGAGCACCGACUUCUCACCAUGUCCAUAACAAGGUAGCAGUUCCCCUUACUGUACACUUUCACUUACAACAGGAUUUCGGCAUCAUGUUGUCGAGGUUUGCCCUGUCUGGGCGCGGCGCAGCGCGAACAUGUGCGGGGGCCGCUCAACCGUCGGCGCUGAGGUCUUUCAGCCGAGCGCUGAAUCAGGUACUCACGAGACCCAAGUUCAACCCGCCGCCGGAAUCGGCGACCUCCCAAGAUGAGAAUAACGGGCCAGGCUUAUCCUCGUUGGACGCGUUGGGACAAGGUGCCACUGGUACUGCAGAAUUUCACAGCAGGAGGCUACAGGAUGAGCAACUGAGCAAGAAGUUUCGAGGACGAACAUUGGACCUGCAACCGGCGGGUUUGUUAAAGGGAACUACAUCACCGUCUUCUUCUAGCAGCAGUUCCUCAUCGAGCUCGAGCAGUUCGAGCAGUUCCUCGGCAUUUGCAAGUGGGCACCAGAACUACAAGAGCCCGAGGUUCUCGCAGAUGUUCGUGGAGCCCAUGCAGUUUACACAAUUGGACAACGGAACGCGCAUCGUGAGCUGCGAUCGCGGCGGGGCCGGCGCGCAGCUUGGCCUGGCGGUGCAGAUCGGGUCCAGGUACGAGACUGCGGACGAGCAAGGUUGUACGCACCUCCUGGAGCUGCUGGCCCUGCGAGAAACCAAGCACUUCACGAACUUUGGCAUGGCGAAACUCCUCGAACAUCUGGGAGCACACUUCAGCAUAGCCGGCGCGACAAGGGAAACACUGCUCUAUCGAGUAACAAGCUUUUCAUCUGCAUCUUCAAGUUCGAAGGAUUCUCAAGCAAAAUCCACCUAUAUGAUAAGCUGACAUCCACGGGACAGGAGGCCCCCCUAGAGCUAAACAUGUAUGAUCUGUGCUCCAUGAAUGAACUAAACAAAUUUCUUCAGGUGGAAGCCCUGCGAGACGCAGUGCCGGAAAUAGUUCCCCUGCUUGCCUCGAACUUCCUCUGUCCCAAGUUUGUACCCGAGGAAGUGGCCGAAGCUGUUGCGAAGAUCGAAGAAUCGAAGCAACUGCACGUGCUUGACCAGCAUCCGGAGUCGGCGGUGAACGAGCUGCUUCACCAGGUGGCGUACGGGGACGAACCCGGGCUCGGGAGCCCGCUCAUGGCCAAAAACACCGAGAAAAUUCUCGACGUGCUGCCUGGGUACCACAGGCGGUUCGCCUCCGACGGCAGCAAACUGCUGUUCUGCGGCGUCAACGUGCCCCACGCCCAGUUGGUAAAAGAAGUGCAAACAAGUCUGGCCGAGUGUGCUUCGUGUCUGGAGGUGGACGAAGAAGGUACAACAAGUAGCCACAUGGCGAUGGGCGCAACGGAAGCGUCAGGCGUCUCGGAAGAACGAGAAACCCCAAGAAUACUGAAGCCGCAGGACUACGUGGGCGGGUUUCACGCGCAAUCCUCUCCGCUGCCCCCGGAGCAGCAGGGACCGCUGGCCCACCUCGCGGUCGCGUUUCUGUUGGAGGGCGGUUGGAACGGGGAAGAAGUUCUGGCCGCGAGCGUGCUGCAAACCCUGCUCGGCGGGGGCGGGAGCUUCAGCACCGGCGGGCCCGGGAAGGGCAUGCACAGUCGGUUGUUCACGAACGUUUUGAAUCGGUACUCGUGGGUGGAGCAGUGCAGUGCGUUUUCGCACCAGUACUCAGACAGCGGCCUAGUCGGAAUUUACGGUAUGGUCGACCCGAACCACGCAAAGGACUUCAUCACCAUCGUCGCCAACACCUUCUUCGACCUGCGCACCUUCCACCCGAUCGAAGUGCAGCGGGCGAAAAACCAGCUGAAGAGCAGCAUCUACAUGAAUCUGGAGCCCAACGCCGUCCUGCUGGAGGACUUCGCACGACAGCUGCUCAUGUCCGGCGUGAUUGCAAGUGGUAAGAAGAAGUCGGCGGGACUUAGACUUUUACACUUGAUCCAAAGAUUUUUGACCUCCUGUGAAGAUGAAGAUGUUUUGUGCACGUUGCGACGAUACUGUGUAUGAACCCAGGGCCUCGAAUCAUUUAUUUUUUUGAGAAGGAACAUCUUCGUGCACAAACGUACACGAUAUAAAAAUCCAACAUUAUCAGGUCGUGACUUUGCCGCCAUGGUCGAUCAAAUUACUGCGGACGACCUUACCAGGGUAGCGAGGAAGUUGCUGAAGUCGGGCCGGCCGACCGUAGUGCACUACGGAAACACGCAACAGCCACUGAACUAUGCGGACAUCGAAAACACAUUUGCUCAAGUCCGGCGCGCGCUCGACCAGUCCGUUGUGCCGCCUUGAUUUGAGUACUGAGUGUUGUACUAGCGGAUACACAUAGACCCCCUGUCUAGGAGGGUUUCUUGUGGUAACAAGAAAAUGUACACAUAAAGAUAAGCAGAAGCAUCGGGUUGCGCUUUUUCAUGGCUUGUUUCCACAGUUUCUUCUUCUUGCAAGUUUGUUCGGCUCCAUACUCUAAACCGUUGUUCGCUGCUGACAAGAGGCACGACGUCACUUAGUCCG